ACAUUUAAUUGUUGCUAAUCUUUGUACAUGGUUUGAAGCUAUUAUAUUCGAAACAUUGGAACAGAUACCUCACGUUCCGAACGAAUCUACAACAACAGCAAUUUUAACUACGACUGUUAUAGAUACAACAACAAUUACAGAUGCAGUCACAUCGAUGAUCGAUAAUGUUACUAAUGGUAGUUUAUUAUAUUUCUUCAAAGCUGCGUCUGAAGAUUCUUCCAGUACAAUAGCUCCAAACACAAGUACAGUAGAAGUUUUAACUGAAAUUGCAGAGACAAUGAGUGCCUAUUUAUAUCCAUGUUUAAUUGAAUACAGUCUUAUAUCUUUAACUGUAUUUUUUAUUAUGUGGAGAAAUAUUGGUGAUACAAAAAAACAAUCAACGUUACGAUUUGGUGCUCGUCAUGUUUUUACAGUAAAUUGUGCGCGUGCUUCACGUGGUAUACUUAUUGGUGGUAUUAUAUUUUUAUUAACAAUUCUAACACUUAUACCAACAUAUAUACUCAAUGAUGAUGCAAUAUCAAUAACACAUAUAACUGAAGUUAUAUUACUUGUUGUUUCAUUAAUUACUGUAUGUAUAUCUUACAUACGUACAGCAAAACUAUAUUACGAUCAAAAGGCACAUGUUGAUCAAUUUGAUCAAGCAUUGAUUUUAAUAACAACGGUUGGAGAUUUUGCAUAUUCUUUUUUUGGUUUAUUUGCAUCUCUAUUAACUCAAAACAAUCCAACUAAACUCCCAAUUGGAAUAGAAAUAUCAAUUGGAAUUUUAUCACUCUUACAAACAUUCUUUCAGACAGGUUUUAUUCUUGAUACAUUAAAACGACGAACAAGAUCAAAAGACGAGAUUCGAGAAAAACCUGGACGAGAAGCAGUUACAGCUUUGUUAUUAAUGAAUCUUGCUAUAUGGCUACAUGAUUCAUUAUCAGCAAAAAAAGUAAAAUUAAAUCCAUUGCAAACGAGAUAUUACGGUGGAGCAUGGCCAAUCAUUCAAGCAUUUACAUCACCUUUGUCAAUAUUCUAUCGUUUUCAUUCCAGUGUAUGUCUUGCAGAUAUUUGGCAAGAAGUUUAUCGAGAUGGCGACAAUGAAGACAAACAUCAGCUAAUAAAUGAUGCAUAA